CUCUAUCUCUAUCUCUAUCUUCCUCCUAGUUUAUUCUUUUCCUUCCCUUCUUUCUCCUUGGCUGUGUGCACUCUCCCAUUUGCCCUCGCAGCGACACCCUCACUCUUCAUGUCUCUCUUAGUCUUUCGACGAACAACGGGGCAUCUUGAAUUUCCUCUUUCGACUCUCAGCUUCUCGCCUCUCUCCGUCUCUUGUUUGAGCCACAUAACAUGGAGUCUCGUCUGAGCCCCAUUGAGUCACCGACGACGUCUCGUUCUCAUCACUCUUGUCUCAGCCCCUCCAACGACGGCCAUUAUUGCAGAUUUGGGUCUAUCAACAUGACAUGUUCAGUAGUAAGCAGUGAUAAUCUUUCUUCUGUAAUGAGGCAAUCUCAGGUUGGAAAUGCAUCAAAAGAGAAGAAUGUGCAUGAAAAUGCCUCAGAUAAACCUCAAAUCAUGACAAGUGCAGAAGUAAGCUUUAGAAAGAAAAGAAAAAGGAAGAGGAGGCCAAAGAAAGGACAUGGUGCUACUGAAAGCAAUGAUAAUCUUUCUGCCGUGCCAAAAGAUGCUUUUUUAACUGAAACCUGUACUGCUGCUUUAGCUGUGCCUGCAAUGCAUCCAGAUGAACACUCUCUGAAUUCUGUAAUGAGGCAAUCUCAGGUUGACAAUGCAUCAAAAAAGAAGAACGUGCAUAGAAAGAAAAGAUGGAAGAAGAUAUGGAAGAAGAUGCGAAAGAAAGGACAUGAUGCUACGGAAAGCAAUCAUAAUCUAUCUGCUGUACUGAGUAAUGAUAAUUUUUCUGCUAUACCAAAAGAGAAGAAUGUGCUUGAAAAUUCCUUGGAGAAAUCUAAGAUUAUGACAAGUGCAGAAGUAAGAGUUGGAAAGAAAAGAAGUAAGAAGAGGAGAAAAAAAGCACGCGAUGCUACUAAAAGAAAUGAUAAUCUCUCUGCUGUUCAAAAAGAUGCCUUCUCAACUGAAACAUCUACAAGUGCUUUGGCUCUGCCGCCAACUCAUCUUGAUAAACACUCUCUGAAUUCUGUAAUGAGGCAAGCUCUAGUUGAAAAUGCAUCAAAAAAGAAGAAAGUGAAGAAUAGAGGUAAGAGGAGGCGGAAGAAACGACAUGAUGCUAGCGAAAACAACAAUCUUUCUGCUAUUCCAAAAGGCACAUUGUCAGUUGAAACUUCUACAGUUGCUAUGGUUAUGCCUCCAUCACAUCCAUUUCAACACCCUGUGGAUCCAAUAAUUGGGCAAUUUCUGGGUGAAAAUGAAAGAAAGGAGUUUCCUGAUUCCAACUAUCAAAGUGACUCUCUACCAAACCUCACUAGUGUGUUACCGAGCCACUAUGUCUCUCUUGAGCAAACCCCAGUCAAUGCCAUUAAUUACAUUUUUGAAGAACCCCAAGUGAAGGCAGUUGAUACUGAGGCUCAGCAAAUUGAGACAGUGUCUAGUCCGGUUGAUGCUUUACUAGCUAGCCAAUUUAAUCAUGACCCAGUCAAGGAGCCUCUACAACAACUACAGCAAUUACCUUCUGUAGAGCUUCUUGCUUUUAACCUGGGCACUUCCGGAGAGUUGCUAUACUCUUCCCAGCAAGUUGAGCCAGUCUGUCGGUCAAAUAAUGAAGCUUCUCUGUAUGGCCCUGUUAACCCUGCACUAAUGGAGGUUACAAAUCCUGCUGUUGUUCAUCCGGCCUCAAUUUUUGAACUUGAUUCGUGUAGACCCCUUGCUGCAUUCAAAACACAAUUAUUAGACCCAACUCCUUCAGAGAUCAAUAAUCAUCUCACACAAAUUGUAACCCAAUCAAUGGACAGGAUGCAUUCAGCUCUAGUCGCUGAUCCAUUAAAGAAUGAGUUGGACAGAUUACUUGGAGAAUCAGAGCAAACCAUGAAACACCAUAAAGAGACGAAAUUGCGGCUCAAAUCUGAUGGUGAGAGAGAAAUUGAGGAAGUUCACAGGAAGUAUGAUAUCAAGUUACAGGAGAAUGAGCUUGAGUUUCAACAAAGAAAGAAGAACCUGGAUACACGUCUAAGCUUAGUUCUCAUGAACAAGUUAUGGGCAGAGGCUUUUAGUUCUAAAUGCAUGGAUCUUGAAGUAUUUGGGGUACCAGAGAUUCAGCAAGACUCAAGUUUUAAACAGCAAAGUGAUACAAGGCCUUCUUCUACCCUUGCUGCAAGUCCACCUCAUGGGCCUCCUGCAUCUAACCCGCAACAUUUCGCCACUGCUGCUAUCUCUCAGACCAUGGUGCCACCUCCUGCAUCCAGCAUGCAGACAUUCUCUGCUCCAGCAAGCUCACAGAUUUUGGUGACACCUGUGCCUACUGCGGCUAGCUCUUCACCGUUGGUGCCACCUUUGCCCACUACAACUCGCUUACAGACCAUGGCGCCCCCUCAACUGGCUGCUUACAAUGCACCUCCAAGGCCACCCUGCAACAACUCCAUUCCUCCAUCGGCAAACCAUCAAGCUGGUACAGGGUUAUGCGCCACUCCGCACCAUCUCUAGCCUUAUAGACCCUCGACAUCUUUGCCUAA